GAGCGACCAGGCUUUGGCUAAAGUUCGAUCCACAAAAUUCAUGAUCCACAACCGGGAAUUUUUUCAGGGGUGGUGGCCGUCGGUGGACUAAACUUGCGACUGACUUCCAGAAUUUUGUUUAGGCGUGGGAAUUUUAAUCAUUGUCUAAAGAAACAUUGUUACAUUUUUGUGUUGUAUAGACGUUUUUCGGAUAACUUUGAUUGUUACUAUUGUAUCCCCCUAGGGCCUUGUGGGAAAGUCCGAUUAGUAAAAGUCGCUACUUUGUGAUUGUUUUGGUGGACGGGGAGGCUGUGCUACGUCCAGCUAGUUAGCUAACAAAUCGAGUAGCUGUUUAGCUUUGAUAGUUUCUAACUGCACAACCAAGUGAAUUGUGAGAAUCAAUGCAGGCGAUAAAGUGUGUAGUCGUUGGAGAUGGGGCUGUGGGAAAAACAUGUCUGCUCAUCAGCUACACUACCAAUGCCUUCCCUGGGGAGUACAUCCCCACAGUGUUCGAUAACUACUCUGCAAAUGUGAUGGUGGAUGGGAAGCCAGUCAACCUCGGCUUGUGGGAUACUGCCGGACAGGAAGAUUAUGACAGGCUACGCCCUUUAUCCUAUCCACAGACGGAUGUGUUCCUGAUCUGUUUCUCCCUUGUGAGUCCAGCAUCCUUCGAGAAUGUCCGUGCAAAGUGGUACCCAGAGGUACGGCAUCACUGUCCCAACACGCCCAUCAUCCUGGUGGGGACGAAGCUGGACCUGAGGGACGACAAGGACACCAUCGAGAAGCUGAAGGAGAAGAAGCUCACACCCAUCACCUACCCACAGGGCCUGGCCAUGGCCAAAGAGAUUGGAGCUGUGAAGUACCUAGAGUGCUCUGCCCUGACGCAGCGCGGUCUGAAGACAGUGUUCGACGAGGCCAUCAGGGCUGUCCUCUGCCCUCCCCCAGUCAAGAGGAGGAGGAGGAAGUGCCUACUUCUCUAAGACAAGCUCGUCAACGAGGCGUUAAAUGAGAGUCAGCUGAGAGAUGGCAAGUCUGUGUCCUUACAGUUAUGCCCCCUGCUUAUUGUAACUAUCACUACCAAGUAUGUAUCACCAGGAAGCAGGGUCUUUUUUUAUUCUUUUCAUAUUUUUUUGGGGGGGGGGGGGGUUGUCGGGCAAGUAUGGAAACUACAGGCCAUCCCUGGGCUUAACACUAUGCAGACACUCCACACAUUUGAAAUUCCUGCGGCCUUCAUUAAUAACUACAGUUUGAAAUUGAUGUUCCCCCUUGUAAGUUGUAUUAUGAUGUACUUUUUUCAUUUAGAAAUAUGUUUACAGACAUUUCUUUUUGUACAAUGUAUGUAGAGCUUCUCACAAUGGCACUGUCAAACCCAGUACAUAAUACUAACACUAAUCAUUCCCGGUUCAUGAAGUUAACAGAGAACGGGGGGGCAUUUAACUCAUCACUGGAAACCGUUUGGAAGGCAUCUUUGUUUUUAACUGGGUACCAUCUGCAGGAGAAGAGCAAGUGAACUGAUAAGUCUGACAUUGCGUUCAGCAAGGGAUUAUGCAGUAUUUUUCAUGCCUCAGUUUAGUAAUGUCGGAGCACUGUCUAUUUUGCAUUUCUGUGUUCUAACAGCAGGAUGUACUGAAACUAAUUGAAGGUCCCUUUUGGUCGGUUUAGGGCCAGGCAAUCUGUAAAUACAUACAAGCACAUGCCACACAGACACAUUUUUUCCAAACCUUUAAGAAUACUCAUGCCAAAGUUGCCAUAUUCAGUAUACUGCAAGUAACAAGUAUACUCAGACAUUUAAAUGGUUGAGGGGUAAAACACUUAAUUGAUCAUGGCUUUUUUUUUGGUAUCACAGUUGAUAUUUUUUGUGGCACACUGUAUUAUCAAACUGUUAAAUAUUUUUCAAACAAGUUUUGGCAUUAGACAGUAUGAAUCGUGCAAUACAUAGGCUGCUGAUACCGGAGCAUCUUAUACAUUCUAUGAACCUGUGACUAAAAAGACUAGGAAAUGAGUGAAUAAGUUCAACUGCAGCCAGCAGCAUAAUAACCCAUUUAUCAGGGUGACUGUAACAAUGUGGGUUUUUUUAUGAGAAUAAAGACAAAUUAACUUUA